GGGUCGCACGGUAAGACCUCGACAAAAUAUUUGCCCGGGCCUGCCAUUGCCCAUAUCUUUUGAUUAAACAUUAAACCCGACCUCGAGAAGCCCGAGUCUUUCUCUUUUCGCAUUUUCCUGUCCACCUUACUGUUCAGGAUCUUGUUUUUCUCCUGCCGCCUUGAUAGAUGGUCAGCUAACCAGCCGACUCACUUUUUUUUCUCAUUGUAGCCCGUUGCUUCUUGUCACUCCUUUAAGACUUUCUUAGAACGUACUUUUUUUCUUCGUACUGUUCCUUGCGACGCGACUCGGUCACCUUAGUCCGCAGCACCCACCCAGCUGUGUCCAGUCGUGGCAUUGCAUUUGCGAUCCGAUCUUUCCGUGUCCACAGUUCGGGUGCAGCAGCCUCUUUUCUGACGACAUUUUACCUGACAGAAAAGGGGGAAUUUUUUCUGACGGAAUAUUCUAUAUUGCAUAGGUCUCGACGCAUUUGCGCACGUUUGAAACCCCCAAUUGGACACAAUGGCGGAAAUACUAGACAAGAUCCCCAUGCCGACUAUCGACCGGCCAUUUGGCGUGCACUUAUGGCCCAUCUUCAAUAAGGCCUUCGAGGCCGUCGUUGGCUUCCCGGCUGACGACUUCCACUUCGAGGUCGGCAAGACGCCCAUGUCAACCCUCAAGGAGACGGGUAUCUUCAUCGUCAUUUACUACAUUAUAAUCUUUGGUGGCAGGGAGUUGAUGCGCAACCGCGAGCCCUUCAAGCUGCGGUCGCUCUUCCUGAUCCACAACUUCUACCUGACCUUUAUCAGCGGCGCUCUCCUGGCUCUUUUCAUUGAGCAGCUCGUCCCCACCAUUGCGAGGCGUGGCCUCUUUUUCGCCGUGUGCGACAAGGAGGGCGGUUGGACCCAACCCCUGAUCGUUCUGUACUACCUCAACUACCUCACCAAGUACCUGGAACUCCUCGACACCGUCUUCCUGUUCCUCAAGAAGAAGCCCCUGACCUUCCUUCACUGCUACCACCACGGCGCUACCGCUUUCCUUUGCUACACCCAGCUGAUUGGCUCGACCGCCGUUCAGUGGUCUGUCAUCACGCUGAACCUGAUGGUCCACGUUGUCAUGUACUGGUACUACUUCCAGAGCGCCCGUGGCAUCAAGAUCUGGUGGAAGGAGUGGAUCACCCGUCUCCAAAUCACGCAGUUCGUUAUCGACCUGGGCUUCAUCUACUUUGCCUCGUACACGUACUUCACCUCCACCUACUGGCCCUGGAUGCCCAACGCGGGUCAGUGCGCCGGCGAGGAGUUCGCCGCGUUCGCCGGUAUUGCCAGCAUCUCGUCGUACCUGGUUCUGUUCAUCUCGUUCUACCUUGCGACCUACAAGAAGGAGCGCAAGCCUCCAACUGCUCGCAAGUCCCUGCGCCGCAUGUCGCAGGCUCCUCUGCCUGACCCCCACAGCCUCAUGGGCGCCGAAGGUGCUGCUACCCCGUCCAAGGCCGCCAACGGUUUCUCUACUGGUGCUAAGACCAACGGUUCGUCGACCCCUCGCUCUCGCAAGGCGUAAAUGGCCGGGGUUCCUUCGAGGGAUCGUCAAGAGACCAAAGAAACCCAAUAACUCGGCUCUAUACGCAAACGUGCUCGUCGGGUGAGGAUGAGCACUGGGCAGAAGUCAGGCGAUGUCUCGAGGCAUCAGGCCCUACUGCCAGCGUGCGGUUUGAUAAUUUCCUUAAGGGGCGGGAUCACUCAUGUCAGCAUAUCGAAAGACAUCCCUUGACGAGCUAUCCGACUCGGACCCCAUCCUGGGAGGCGCCAACUUUGUCAUUGCGCCUCCAUGACAAGAUAUAAAAAUUGGCGCGGAUAAAAUAACAUUUUAAUGACGUUUGAUGCGUGCGGGUUGGGAUGGCUGAUGGUAUACACUUUAAUGGCAAAGGGAAGUUGGGGGCGCAACUGGGUGCGGGCUCUGGCCCAACGUUGCGAAGAUGAAAGUGAAGGGGAAAUGUGGCACCGCGACUAUCUAUCGCCUUGCCUUCCUUCUCGUCACGCUUCUGCAUUUGCCACUUGUCUUUUUUUUUCCUAUGUUCUCACUUGUCAUAUAUGUCCAUUUUAACGACGGCCUCACGCCAAUGUUGCACCGGCAUCUUACAUAUAAACUUGGGCUGGUGGGUGUGGUGGAAGAGGUCAUAUAAACAAUGCUAAUAUCGUCCAAAGUUUACUGCUAUUGAAACAUGGGGCAUUUCCAGGUGUACGGCUGGAG